UUCCUUCAUUAAUGCGUCAGCUCAACCAACUCUCUCAUUCAUACGACCAUAAAACGCCGUAGUACUGAUGGUCUCCGAGUUAAGAAGAAUUGCACGUCCCGAAGAGCGAGCGAACGGCAGACGAAGCUAUGGCCGAUUCCACCAAGCAGCUCAAGUCCGACGCCUUGCUGGAGCAGAUGAAGCAACACCUGGCCACCGAUGCCGGCAAGGAGCUCACCAAGAAGAUCAACCUCGUCUAUCAGUUCAACAUCGCUCCUAAGAAAAUCGGAUUCGACGAGGUAAUCUAUACCGUUGAUCUGAAGAAGGGGGAGGUCUGCAAAGGGCCAUACGAAGGAGGAAAGCCCGAUGCCACUUUUUCCUUCAAGGAUGAGGAUUUUAUUAAGGUUGCCUUGGGGAAGAUGAAUCCUCAAAUUGCUUUCAUGAGGGGUGCAAUGAAGAUUAAGGGUAGUCUGAGUGCAGCACAGAAAUUCACUCCUGACAUUUUCCCGAAGCCUUCAAAGAUGUGAGCUGAUAUGUUAGGGAGUUCAUUACAUCAGGCUUCCUUAUAUUAUCUCUACCAAACGGUAGAUCUUUAGACUGAAGUCUUAUAUCAAUAUUUGUCAUCAAUUAUAUUGCAUAAUCUUUCUUACGUAGUAUGAUGUGAAUCAGGAAGCUUUUCAUUCCUGAUGGACCUUGAAUUAUAAAGAUGCAAAAUCUUCUUUGCCAGCCAA